CACAUUUUGGCAUACUGAGGCUCAGCGUGUACUGCUUCUUCUAGUGCAACCUUUGUUGUUAAUACCGUUUGUGCAACAGCUUACAAUCACCACCAUCAUCAUGAAUCGAUUCAUCGUUUUGCUGCUGCUCUGCGCCAUUGCAGUUCAACAAAUCAGUGGUCAUUCAGGCGCGGACACCAAAGAGGGAGGGAGAGUGGUUCGCUAUCCGCACUACUGUGGCGCGACUCUUCAAGAAAAAUACCGUGAGAUUUGCCAUGCAUUACGUGGAGUCUCCAACCAAGAGUUUCUGGAUUCAAAGGACGCCAACACAUUCUUGUUCGGACGUGGUAUCGGGAAGCGAAAUCUUAACGAGGAAUGCUGCAGUGAGGGUUGCGAUGACGAGGAAAUUUAUGAAACCUGCUAAAGGAGAAACCAACGCGACCCUAGCUGACUUCUUGCCAUAGGCAUAUACGGCCUUAGAAUAUAUAAUGUUUUACCUCUCAUGUUGAGCUUUGAUUGGUGGCGGUUAAUAUAAAAUGGCAAUUCCUUCCGUUUUGACAAUUCGUGAAUAUUCAGCACGCAGCUCCUAUUUCUAACACCCGUAUAAUUAUCUCCCAUUUUCGGGGGAGUCAAUUUUGCCCCAAAGUGUCGUCUGUCUCAAACAAAUCUUUGGACCUCGACAUGCAUAGCAAAAGACAUGACAAGUUUUGAUCCUGCUGAAUGGAUCCAACUUUAUUCGCCCAGCGGACAAUUAAUGGAUGUUCAAAGCACUGAUCACCCCUUCAGGUUCCUCAAGGCUAAAAUGAAGUCUUGAAAGGUAUAACAGCCUACCUUUCAAACUAAAACAACUUUCUUGUCAAGACAAGUUUGCACACGUAACACGCAGUUCUUUAUUUUGAUGGAAAGUCUUCUGAUCAAGUUGUUAAAAACAAAACAAGAAUGACUCCUGCUUUUAAUGUACUUUUGGGUCAUACAUGGAAUCUGACGAAUGCGAUAAACCACCAAACCAUAGCAAAAGAAAAGGGUUCCGUGCCAAUCCUUGUUUAUGCAUUAUUGGCAUUUCUCCUUCAAGAGUUAGGCCUACCCCUUAAAUUUAAAAGGGCCUAUUUUAAGAUUAUCUCACCCUUUCGGCUGUUCUUCCUGUUUGCUGUUUUAUCUUUUCAGUCAGUACAACUAUGAUUUGAGUCUGCAUGAAAGAUUAAAGUUUACUUGCAAAGCA